UAUCCCUCUCACAGGUCAGGGAGGAGCGCAGGAGACAGAGGGGAAGUAGUAGAAGAAGAAGAAGCUCUCUACGUUCAGCAGCAGAUCGAAAUGGCGGCGCCAGCAGAGAGGAUGGAGGUUUCUCAGGGGGAGAGCUCAGUGAAGCCAGCAGCAGAGGACAUGACGUCUAAGGACUACUACUUCGACUCUUACGCCCACUUUGGAAUCCAUGAGGAGAUGCUGAAAGACGAGGUCCGCACCCUGACUUACCGCAACUCCAUGUUCCACAACAAGCACCUGUUCAAGGACAAGGUGGUUCUGGACGUGGGCAGUGGGACGGGCAUCCUCUGCAUGUUCGCUGCCAAAGCCGGAGCCAAGAAGGUCAUCGGGAUAGAGUGCAGCAGCAUCUCAGACUACGCCGUGAAGAUCGUCAAGGCCAACAACCUGGAUGACGUGGUGACCAUCAUCAAGGGGAAGGUGGAGGAGGUGGAGCUGCCUGUGGAGGGGGUGGACAUCAUCAUCUCAGAGUGGAUGGGCUACUGCCUGUUCUACGAGUCCAUGCUGAACACGGUCAUCUACGCCAGGGACAAGUGGCUGAAACCAGAUGGGCUGAUCUUCCCGGACCGGGCCACGCUGUACGUCACCGCCAUCGAAGACCGCCAGUACAAGGACUAUAAGAUCCACUGGUGGGAGAACGUCUACGGGUUUGACAUGUCCUGCAUCAAGGAGGUGGCCAUCAAGGAGCCCCUGGUUGAUGUGGUGGACCCCAAGCAGCUGGUCACCAACUCCUGCCUCAUCAGGGAGGUGGACAUCUACACGGUGAAGGCCGAGGACCUGACCUUCACCUCGCCGUUCUGCCUGCAGGUGAAGAGGAACGACUACAUCCAUGCUCUGGUCACCUACUUCAACAUCGAGUUCACCCGCUGCCACAAGAGGAUCGGCUUCUCCACCAGUCCAGAGUCUCCUUACACCCACUGGAAGCAGACGGUGUUCUACCUGGACGACUACCUGACUGUGAAGACGGGAGAGGAGAUCUUUGGCACCCUCAGCAUGAAGCCCAACGUCAAGAACAAUAGGGACCUGGACUUCGCCGUGGACGUGGACUUCAGGGGUCAGCUGUGUGAGAUCUCAAAGACUCUGGAGUACCGGAUGCGCUAGGAGCCCGUCCCUGUGGGUCCCAGUCUCCGGCCCAUCCGGGUCACGGGGCGACCUUUUAAAACACGUCGGGUUUCUUUCAUAGUUCUCCAGUAUUUCCAGUGUUCCCACAUCUUUAAGUUUCCAGUCAUGGUGUGGUGAUUCCUCGUGCAGUAGGUAUCUGGGCCCAGAGUCCUCCUGGGUUCUGCCUCCAGGCUGCAAACCCAACUGUUACCAAGGUGUUCCUCAGCAGGCCGCUCUGCUCCAUCCAGGUGAGAAGCUCCGUCCACAAGCUCCCAGCUGGAGGCCGAGGCCCAAAUCAAGCCGGACUUUAGUUUUCCCCCUUUUUUUUUUAUUAUUAUUGUUUUUGGCUGCUGCUCUUUUUAACAAAUAAAGUGAAUAAAUGUUUCCGCCUCGUGUUCCUGAUCUACAGCCGCCCUGUCGGCCAAUCAGAAGGCCCCAUUCCAGACUGGGACCAGUUCCAGGGAUGCUCUGUCCUGCUGGGCAGGACCUCCUUCUCUUCUGCUCAGCUUCAGGUUCUGUUCUGAUCAGAACCUGUUUGGGUUUCAUUCAGUCCAGAGGAGCUGGAGGUCAGAACCUCUGGACUCAGUUCAACCUGCUUCUGUUCCAGUAAAGGCUGCCACCUGGAGCCGCCAUCUUCUGGUUUCAUUCCAGUUCCGCAUUUUUAUUUCCAAACGGAACCAAAAGAGCCGAGCGGGUCAGAACCAUCUGAGUAUGGGUGGGAUGGAGCAGAACUAGAUUCUAGAUGUUCUAGUAGAAAUGUUCAGAAGUUAAUUCAGUCAGUAGAACUGAUCUUGGUGGAAAAAGUUCAGCGUUAAUAAACAGAACCGGUUCCUUCUG